AUGUCAACUUUGCAAAGACGUAGAGGAGGAGGAGGCUCGAAGACUGCCUCCGACAGCGGAAACAACGAUACGUUAUCAAAUGGGGACUCAAAGGGUAAGGCAGAUACUAGCAUCAACGCCGAGGACCACAAAAUCGGCUACGAUGAUAGAGACAUAGUUGAUCGUAAGGAAUUGAAUCUCCCUCUUUUGACUCUAAUGGAGGAGGUUCUCCUUAUGGGUUUGAAGGAUAAGGAGGGCUAUCUUUCAUUCUGGAAUGACAAUAUUUCGUAUGCCCUCAGAGGGUGUAUACUUUUGGAAUUGGCUUUUAGAAACAAGAUCACUUUAGUCAAUGACCCAGCCAGACGUAGGUUUGAGUUGUCCGAUAGAUUGGUGGAAGUCAUCGACUCAGAACCCACUGGAGAAGUUUUGCUUGAUGAAGCUUUAAAAAUUAUGAAGAACGAUGAAUCCAAUUUAUCGGUUACUAACUGGAUAGAUUUACUCUCUGGUGAGGCAUGGACUUUGAUGAAGAUUAAUUAUCAAUUGAAACAGGUCAGAGAAAGAUUGGCCAAGGGGCUCGUUGACAAGGGUGUAUUGAGAACUGAACGUAAGAACUUCUUUUUAUUCGAUAUGGCAACCCACCCUGUUGCUGACAAGCUCAGCAAAGAACAGAUAAAGAACAGAAUAUUAAACUUGUUGAUUUCUAGAAAUGUUGACUUGGAAACCGCCAACGUUUCAGACCAAUUUCCCAAGAACACCCUGUUCAAAUACUUACGAUCAAUUGCAUUGGUAUGUGGAUCGUAUGCUGCAAAUGUGUUGGAAAAUGUAGUGAUAUCAUUAAAUUAUGACAAACGUGAUCAAGCAUUUGCUAGGGCCGAUGAAAUAUUGAACGACUACAGCGAUUACCCGUUCAAUAUUGGAAAGACCUCCAGCCCAUUGGGGUUGGGCUUGAAUUUGGGCCAAGAAGUUUCGCAAGAGAUAGAAACAAGUUCUGCUAGCGACUUGCAGUUGGAAUUAGUUGCGGCUGUGUUAGGUGUCUUCGCAAGAAUGGACUCAAUCCUCUAA